AUGCGCAGGCUGCCAGGACGGGAGUGUCAGCAGGCCCCCGAAGCAACAUACCUACCUGGAUAUGAACAAAGGCUGCAGAAGCCAGCUUUCCUGCGAGGGCUUCGUGCUUUCGGCUUCGUGAGGCUUCUGCCACCUGUAUGGGGACUGACCUCCCCUGUUCCCGAAGCGUCGACUCCUGCAGCUCAUCCGCUGGAAGCCGGAGGUUUGAUUGUUGGGCUCGACGAUGGUGAGCACGUAUCCUUUGCAGGGACACAGAGGUGGCGCCAUGCGCACAGCGCCAGGCGAGCCUCAGCCGUAGGCUUCAGCAUUCUGAAUUGCCUUCGCGUUCCUUCAUUGUGGCUGGCAUGGCCGGGAACCGUCUGGGACCCAGCUGUAAGGUUCACGUUUCAUUGCAGCGCAAGCCUCUCUGUCUCAGCUGCCGAGGUGUGCCACGUGCGCCAAUGGUCGGUCAUUACCUACAUGCCUCAAGCCUCGCGCAGCGCUUGA